GCCGUUACACUCGCAUUACAGAGUACAGUAGCGACGUGGAAAGUUUACCUAGAGCAUGUCAGUGUGAUAAACAGCCUGGGAUGUGGUUGUUUUUAUAUAAACGACAGAUUUGCUGUGUUUUUAUCGAGUAGUGCAUUUUAAGUAACACUCCCAAUGCAGCUGUUUUCCAAUCGAAAGUAGCGUACUUGGGGAAAGUUUGGAGAUGCAUUGCUAACGUUCACAGCUAGCUCGCUAGCUUACCUUCUAUUAGAAAGACACUGUCUGAAGCCACUCGCAAUGGACGGAGCAAUUGCGAUUAUUUUGAUUUCUGUGGCUAUGUUUGUCGGGUGUUUUAUUUUAGGCCUUAUUCCACUUAUGGUCAAACUGUCAGAGAAGAAGCUGCAGUUUGUGAGUGUGCUGGGGGCGGGGCUGCUGUGUGGCACUGCCCUGGCCAUCAUCAUUCCAGAGGGAGUGGAACUCCUGCACAACUCCUGGAGGGGCCCCCUCCCUCCCUGUUCCAGCGGGGGCGGUAAGGAGAACAGCAGUUCCCCCCCCUCCCCCUCCCUGCCCCCCACCCCACAGGGCCUGCCGCCCCACUUCUUCAUGGGGGUGUCCCUGGUGGUGGGGUUCACCCUCAUGUUCGUGGUGGACCAGAUAGGGAGCUACCUGUCCAUGCACGACCCUCGGACGGGCGUGUCCUCGGGCGCCAGCAUCACGGCCACGCUGGGCCUGGUCAUCCACGCCGCCGCUGACGGAGUGGCUCUCGGGGCAGCGGUGGCAUCGUCUCAGGUCACGGUUCAGAUCAUCGUCUUCCUCGCUGUGAUCCUGCACAAGGCCCCUGCGGCGUUCGGCCUGGUCUCCUUCCUCCUGCACUCCGGCCUGGAGAAGAGGCAGAUUCAGAAGCACCUCCUGGCCUUCUCCAUCGCAGCGCCCCUGCUGGCCAUCAGCACGUACUUCAUCCUCAUCGCAACCGGAGGCUCCUCCCAGACCCGCCUCAGUGCCACGGGCAUCGGCAUGCUGUUCUCCGCGGGGACCUUCCUGUACGUGGCCACCGUGCACGUGCUCCCUGAGAUCAGCAGCAGGGGGCAGCACCUCCACCACGCAGGAGCGGCCUCCUACCAGCAGGGGGGGCUGGGGGUCCUGGAGAGCCUCACACUCGUCAUUGGAACCGCUCUCCCCGUGCUGCUCGCCCUCGGACUGCACGACGACUGAGCCGUGUGUGUGUGUGUGUGUGUGUGUGUGUGAGUGUGUGUG